AUGGGGGGGGGGGGGGGGGGGGGGGGGGGGGGAGGGGGGGGUGGGGGUGGGGGUUGUUUGUGGUGGGGGCGGGGGCCCCCCAGGGCAGGUCGCGACCGGGUGACGGUGGGUGGGGGUGGGGGGGGUGGGGGGGUGGGGGGGGUGGGGGGGGCCGGUGUUGUGCACGGGGGGGAAGCGGCGGGGCGAGUCCCGACUUUCGGUGGGGGGUCCAUGCCGAGGAGGAAGGGUGAGCCGUGUCGUGGAGAAAUGCUCCUUCGCAAACCAGACCAAUCCACAACGGAGGAGGAAAAAGGAAAAGUAAGGGGGGAGAAUAAGGGAUUCCCGCCGGACAUCCCAACGAUGGAAAACAGGGAAGGAGUAGGAACAAUUAUAUCAACUAACAAGGGUCCGGGGGGGGGGGCCCCCGGAAAAAGUUUUCCAGGGGGGGGGGGGGGGGGGGGGGGGAAAAGGCUUUUUCUGUUGGGGGGGGAGUUUUAUUCCCCUGUUUUGGGGGGGGGGGGGGGAGAUGCUACACGCGGGCGGAGGUGGGGGUGGGGGGGGGUCGGGGGGGGGGUGGUUUUUUUUUUGGGGGGUUGGGGCGGGGGGGGGGGGCGGAGGGGUCUUUUUUUGGGGGGUGAGUUUAUAUUGGUUGGGGGGAGGGGGGGGGGGGGGGGGGGGGCUAGUGUGGUGGUGGAGGAAGCAGGAGUACAGGCCGAUGUCUAUGCGGGACACAGCUCCCCGCAAAGGAACGGAGAGAAGUCCCCCCAGAGUGAAGGCAUCGGGGUCAUGCUCAUCUUGUGCUGGCGGAAGAAGCGGACCCUAGUCCCUGCGCUCACACCGGACGCAACAGGUCCACCAGGCGCGUCGGCCCGGUCUGGUCUCCCUCCCGGAGCCUGGUAG